AUGCAUCCUCAGCAUGGUGCUUGGAUGAACUUCAAAAGAGCCUUGAAUGUAAAGGGUCAAGGGGACAAAGGGUUGUACCAAUUUUUUACAAGGUGGAUCCCUCAGAAGGUCACUUUUGGGUAUGAAUCUACUUUCAUUCAUGAAAUUGUCGAAGAUAUUUCAGUACAAGUUUUUAACGACCACACAUACUUGAAUGUGGCAAAGUACCCAAUUGGAAUAGAUUCUCGGGUACGAGAUAUAAAUAAUCUUUUAGGAGUUGAAGAAAUUGAAAGUGAUGUUCGCACGGUUGGUAUAUGUGGGAAUGGUGGAAUAGGCAAGAGCACAGUUGCUAAAGCUGUGUAUAAUUCAAACGCCCAAAAAUUUGAAGGUAGUUGUUUUGUGGCAACUGUUGGAGAAAUUUCAAAGGCACCGGGAGGUCUAGUCCAACUACAAAAGACUGUUCUUUCUGAGAUUCUAGGGGAAAAAGAUUUGGAGGUGACAAAUGUUGACAAAGGAAUCAAUAUGAUAAAGAGGAGGUUGAGAGACAAGAGGGUUCUCAUAAUUCUCGAUGAUGUUAAUCAACUGGACCAGUUAAACAAUUUAGCUGGAGGGUCUGCUUGGUUCGGACCGGGCAGUAGAAUUAUCAUAACAUCAAGAGAUAAGCAUUUGCUAAUGGCUCAUCAAGUUGACCGAAUAUAUGAAGUCAAGGGAUUAAAUAAUGAUGAAGCUUUACAGCUCUUUAGUUGGAAUGCCUCCCCAAAAAGUAGACUUUCAUCUGAUUAUGAGGAACUGGCAAAUAAAGCAGUACACUCUGCUCAAGGGCUUCCAUCAGCUCUCGUGCUUUUGGGUUCACUUCUUUGUGGUAAACAUUUGGAUCAAUGGCAAACAGUCUUAUCAGUGUUAGAUAAUAAGAAAAGAGUUUCUAACAAGAAGAUUUUAGAGGAUCUGAAAAUAACUUAUAUUGCAUUAGAAGAAUGGAAAACUGUGUUGGGUGUACUAGAUAGCUAUAAAAGAGUUCCUAGCAUAAAGAUUGAAGAUCCGGUGUUUGAAGAACUCUUGAAAAAGCCUGUUUUAAAUAUUGAAGAAACUCGUAUUUGGAUGCCUGACAUGAUGAAAGCAGUAAUGGGUGAAGAGCCUCACAACUAUAGAAUGGCAACUUCAACCGCGUGGAUAUUUUUACUCACCAAUGUUGGUCUAGAGAUUUCUUCAGCUAUGUUUGAUCAAUUUUCCUCCGCAAGUAAUAAGCCCCAUUCUGCACUAAUUAGCAUGGUGUUGGCUAUUUUGGCUGUGAUCAUUUCCAUCUGGGAGCUCAUUCACAAGGGUAUAAAGGAGAGAGUGAAAUAUAGGAGGCAACUGGGAAUGUUUGGGUGGUUUUAUUCACGUUCCGGUACUGGUAACAAAAUCUUUGGUAGUGUAUACCUGACAUGUGUGGUUUACUUGGUGGCAUCUCUCAAUGGGUUUACUCAACAGUUCAGUAUGUUUGCAUCCUUCGGCAUAUUGAGAAUCCUUACAAAAUAUACCUCUGGCCUAUCAUAUUCCUCUUAUGCUUGGGUGCUUCAAGGUUACACUGGAACCAAAGAAACAAGACCAAAAAAUUGAAACAAUAGAGGAGUUUAUUGCCCUACAUGAACUUCUCCAUGCCAGGUUCCUACUGAAGACUAGUUGAUUUGACAGGCAUCCGAGCUGGAAGUACGUUUAUUUCAUGUGCCAAGAUUGUUUGUUGUUUAAGUUAUGCUCAGUAUCGACUUUUCUUUUUGCCAAUGUUCAAUCAUAAGUAUGCUCUUACACAAAUGCAUGAUGUUUAUGCCAGCUAGCUAGAA